CUCGCGAGAUUCCCUCGACAAGAUGGCAGCGUGGUCGAGCUGGUAAGCGGAGCGGCAGGUGGAGUGGACUUCGAAGGAAGCUCGGCUGGAUUCAGAGGUUCUCCGCUCGCGGAGUGUCCGCGGCUGGGGGAAUGCCGACGGGACGGGACUUGCCACCGCGGCUCUGAACGCCCCGAGUCCUCCGCAGCAUUUGCAGCGCCGUGUCUCCCCAUCGUGGCCCCCCAACGCCCGGGGCCGCCGCUGGCGAUGACCGGAGAGAAGUUGCGCUCGCUGCGCAAGGACCACAAGCCCAACAAGGAGGACGGGGACCUGCUGGGGCCCGGCGAGGAAGAAGCAGCGGCCGCGCCUGGCGGAGGCGCUUUCACUGGCGCCCGGGCGGGAAGCGGCAAGGGCGGCCGCAGCACGAGCCACCGCAUCUUCACCAAUCAUCACCGGCUGCCGCUCAAAGGAGGGCCCGGGGGCUCUUCCCCCGCCGCCUCCACCCUCGACCCCAUCAAGCCCCCGGGCACGCAGUUCCCCGUGCACGAGUGUGUCUUCAAGGGGGACGUGAGGCGGCUGUCGGCGCUGAUCCGCACGCAGGGCAUCGGUCACAAGGAUAUUCACGGGAAUACUCCUUUACAUCUUGCUGUGAUGCUGGGGAAUAAAGAAUGUGCUCACUUGCUUUUGGCUCACAACGCUCCCGUAAAAGUGAAAAAUGCUCAGGGAUGGAGUCCUCUUGCAGAAGCCAUCAGCUAUGGAGAUAGGCAAAUGAUUACAGCACUCCUAAGGAAACUGAAGCAACAGUCUAGAGAAAGUGUUGAAGAAAAGCGACCUCGAUUAUUAAAAGCCCUGAAAGAGCUAGGUGACUUUUAUCUUGAACUUCACUGGGAUUUUCAAAGUUGGGUGCCUUUACUUUCCCGAAUCCUGCCUUCCGAUGCAUGUAAAAUAUACAAACAAGGUAUAAAUAUCAGGCUUGAUACAACCCUCAUAGAUUUUACUGACAUGAAGUGCCAACGGGGGGACUUGAGCUUCAUUUUCAAUGGUGAUGCUGCGCCCUCUGAAUCCUUUGUAGUUUUAGAUAACGAACAAAAGGUUUACCAACGAAUACAUCAUGAGGAAUCAGAGAUGGAAACUGAAGAAGAAGUUGAUAUUUUGAUGAGUAGUGAUAUUUAUUCAGCAACAUUAUCAACCAAAUCAAUUACCUUCACACGUGCCCAAACAGGAUGGCUUUUCAGAGAAGAUAAAACAGAAAGGGUAGGAAACUUUUUGGCAGACUUCUACCUGGUUAAUGGGCUUGUUUUAGAAUCAAGAAAAAGACGGGAACAUCUCAGUGAGGAGGAUAUCCUUCGAAAUAAGGCUAUCAUGGAAAGCUUGAGUAAAGGUGGAAAUUUGAUGGAACAAAACUUUGAGCCUGUCAGGAGACAAUCUCUUACUCCACCACCACCCAAUACAAUUUCAUGGGAGGAAUACAUAUCUGCAGAAAACGGAAAAGCACCUCAUUUGGGUAGAGAACUUGUCUGCAAAGAAAGCAAGAAAACUUUUAAAGCUACAAUAGCCAUGAGCCAAGAAUUUCCUCUAGGAAUUGAAUCGUUGUUGAAUGUUUUAGAAGUAAUUGCACCCUUCAAGCACUUUAACAAAUUGCGGGAAUUUGUGCAGAUGAAACUUCCACCAGGCUUUCCAGUAAAGUUAGACAUUCCCGUGUUUCCAACAAUCACAGCCACUGUGACUUUUCAGGAGUUCCAUUAUGAUGAGUUUGAUGAGUCAAUUUUCACAAUUCCUGACGACUACAAGGAGGACCCUAGCCGCUUUCCUGAUCUCUAAACUUAACUGGACAGUUAGCAGCGAAUAAAGAAUACCAGCAUGCCUCAGAAAACAAGAGAACAGAAGGACGCGGAUAGCUCAAGACGUGUGUCUGAAAGUUGGGAAAAUGGAAAGGAUAAAACUUAUUUAAAUGACUUCAGAAAGGGAACACAGAGUGAAUUUUAUCUAUUGUAACAUAUAGCAAGCAUCCAUCUGGUGUCUCAAUGACAGCAGGUCUCUUGAUGUAUCACAUUCAUUUAUACAUCUAGACUUGCAAGCAUGGUAGUCUGGCACCUCAGUGACACCCCCCUGCCCCCCAAGAUACAUACAUAACUGCUGUGAAGACUAUAAUUUAUUUUUAGAUAUUUUUUUCCCUUGGUAAUGAAAAGCGCUAUUGGACCAUUCUCAUAAACACUAAAAUGUCUUACCUGGGUAUUAGCCCUUUUAAACGCCCAUCAGAGUCAAGAUAACCUUCCUUCAAGGUUUGUUUUUCAUACACUGUAAAUCCUGUUAUAUUCAGCAAAUUGAACAUCAUCUGAGCAUUUAGAAGAAGGAAUUACUUUUCUGUAGAUAAAUGAUCCAAAAGCUAGCCUUUUAUAAACAGUUGCUUUUAGUUAUUGCAAUACAUUUCAGCACUAGAACAUUCACUCUGCAGGGAAUAAGGUACCUCCUUUAGCACCUUAGUGCAACUCAUUGUGGUGCUAUCUAUAUUUUCCCCAAUUUUUUGAUUUCUCCACUGAAGAUUGUUUACUAAUCCUUUCAUGAAUAUCUUUUCAAGGUGGUUGGAAAUGUUCUUGCAGUAUUUGUUGGAGAACAUGCUAAGAGAUUCUCAUUGACAUUGAUUUGGGUUGCUCAAAUGUACAAAAGUGACUCUUAAGCAUACCAAAUUUGCAUUUACACUCUGUAGCAUUUGGGAACAUACUGAAUAAUACGCAGUUAGAUUGUAACAAUCUCAAAGGUGAAGCUUGUUUUCUCCCAAGACAAAAUCUAAUAAAAUGAAUAAGGCUUGCAGUAAAAUAAGAAAACACACAAAAAUGCUAAGUGGUGUUUCUAAUAUGGAUGGCUUCAACAAGAAUAACUUUUGGCUUUUUUCUUCAAAUUGAGUUUUAAAAAUUAGGAUUAUUACGUGGUUCCAGCCAAUGAAACAGGAAUAUAACCUAGUGUUUUUGCUCUACUGUCUCAAACUGUUGAUACCUAUGUUCAUUUGUAUUGCGGGAUUUGGCUUCUGGUAAUGUGUAUGUGUACAGAAAUGUAAAUACUUUUCAGAAGAAUAUUCUUUGUGCAGUCUAGUCAAUUUUUUUUUUGGUCUGGAAACUGCUUAAGUCACUUUCAGACUUGCAGAAAACCACCAUGCGGGGUAACACCCAGCGCUGGCAAUAUUUUAAAAUGUGAAAUGAGGUUCUAAGGCACAGUGCUCAGUAAAACAGACUCAUAAGCCACCUCAGCUCUGUCAGGAAAAAGGUACAGAACUAAUUAAGGUUGUAGCUUUGCAGUUGGACCACAUGCAGAGAAGCAAUUCAAGAAAACUGCAGCUUCAUAUUCUAAACCAGGGAAUAAAUAUUGAGCCUAAUUUCAGAAAUAGUGCAAACUUGUUAGAAGUUUUAACCAACCAGGACUGGCAGCUGUACGUGUGAAGGCAGCCAAUUAGGGUGUUAUGUAUGUUACUGUUCGGCCAUAUUUUGAAAAACGCCAGGUUAUUUCCAGUAUCCAUUAUGAGCAAUUCAGUCUCUGCCUAUAAAAUGCAGUUAAAAACAUCCUCUUGUUUCCUGUCAGUUAGUAUCAGGAGGAGACAUUAAGUCUAAAAGUGCUUGAUACUAUAGGAUGUAUCCAGUUAGUGCCACCUGCCCACAGAAUAACUUCUGUCAGAGAGAUGGGGGUGAUUUUCAUAUACGCUGUAAUCCCUGUGCCCUCCAGCUUUGCUCUGGAAGUUGGAGAUUCUCUAAAAUAGAUUUGGGGAGGAAGAGAACAAAGUCCUGUUGUUUGAGUGGAAGUCUCUUUUGUCGUUGGAUUGUGUCCUUUGUAUUACCUUUCCUGUGGGCAUCUCAUGAAAAGAAUAUGCUGCAUAGGGAUUUACAGUACCGUUCUCACGGGAAUGAUGAACAGUAUGAAUUUGAUUGGAUGACUAUCUCCCCCAAAUGGUAGGAACUUGAUAAUGGUCAUCACCUGUAUCUGAAAUUAUCGGGUUAAUAAUGCCAAAGUUAUCUUUUAUUGAGUUUUAGGGGGAAAAAAUAAUUGCUUAAGAAUCUCAGCCCAGCAUAUGGAAUCUAUAAAUCUUUCCACAAUAGUUAAAAACUGGGUUGGAUCCAGGUUUAAUCAUACAGAAUACAAAGAUACCAGUUGGAAUCAGUGAAUCUGCAGAACACAGACUGAUUUCAGUGGGUCUAAUCUAGCCAUAAUCUGGGAUCCAAUUUAAUAAAGUUUUUUGUCCAGUCUAAUAAAUCAUAAUCUAUUAAGAAUUGAAUGGGGAAAAAAAGCUUUACUUUGGUAGUUGCUGGUCAACCUCUGAGGACAGAAGAAAGACCUCAAAUUUUAGCUUGUUUGCACUGAAGAAAAGAAAGAACAGCCUCUUAGUGGCUUCAGCAGAUUUUAAGAGUUUUGGUUUAUAUUGAAUCACAACCCUUUUAAAAGAGGUGUAGAUAUAAAGGUAGUGUUUUUAUUUUGUUCCAGUAAUGGAUUUUCAGGUAAAAAAAAAUCAGCGUCCACUGCAAUUGCAUCCAAGCGCAUAUGCUCAUAGCUCUCUUGCUUUCAUGCAGCUUCCAGUUUAUGAAUUUGGGAAGUUGAUUUACACAUGCAGUAGGAAGGCACAUAUACACUGACUUCAAAAGAAAUGGGAAAAACUUUUCUAUGAAGAGAGCUCCUUGUCUGCAAGAGUGUUCCCAAAUCUAGAGAAAAGACUGCAUUCGGAAUCUUAGUUCUAAGAUGUUGGUAUUAGGUCAAUGAAGAACAGAUACUAAUGAACAAACGUAGCUUACCGCUUGACCAUUAAGCCCUUUAGAGAAUCUGUUGUUGUGACUUCUUUUUGGUUGCACCAUCUAACAUAGUACAUCGAGGAAUUAAUUGUUGCAUAGCAAAUAUUUUGCAUUGGUUGCAUCCACCACUCAUUAGAAUGACGAACUUGAGCCCAAGAGUAUUCCUGAAUCAUUUUUAAGAAUUUUGGGUUUAGUUGUAAGUGUGGUUGCAUUAUGGGAAAAAAGUCCAUAUAAAAUAUGCAAAAUAUAUUAUAGAUGUAGCACAAGUGGCCAUGUUAUAGGAUUAUGCCAUCUGCAUAUUUUUAGGCCAUGUCUAAAAAGGAAUAUUAUUUGGGAAGCAAAUUGUAUUAGUGUUCUAAGUAGGAAUGUGCAAAAUUUGUUGAUCUGGGAAUGGACUAUUCCAGAGAAGUCCAAAAUGAUGUUUUCUUCUAGACCAUGCCAAAUUUUUCCAGGCCACUCUGUUCCAGGGAAGGCACUUCAGCGAUUCCCAGAAAUAAAUUCUCCAGACUAAACUGCAGUUUAAGGGUCAGAUCAUCCCCCAAACACCUCAAAAUGCUUUUGGUUUGGAGGAUUUAUCUUGGAAAAAUGCUUAUCAUCCCCUGAAACAAAGUACUGCAAAGUUUUCCAGAAUAAUCUGUUUCUGUAUCAAUAAAUUCUGCACAUUACUUGUUCUGAAUUUGGAAAGGUGUGGUAUAUGUUAAAUUUUCAUUUGAGAAACAUCUGAAAUUUCCUUGAGGUUUGACCUCUUAAAAACUAACAAAGUGUUCUGUCAAGCAUUAGUAUAGCAUCUUUUAAAAGAACUCCUCAAACUCUUCCUUAAUCAAACUCAGUCUUACUGGUCUUCCAAAUAAUUGCUUUAACAAAAGGAAUAAUACUCUCCACACAGCAGGUUUUCAUUCAUUGCAAGUUGUGUAUACCUAGCAAAUAGUGCACCUGUGGAUAUAAUCCAAUGCUGGAAAGCCCAUCUUAAGCUGAAGCAUAAUAUAUUGACAUACUUGUUGACUUUGAUUUAUUAAAGAUAAUUAUAUUUAAAUAUUAUUAACAAACUUUCUAUAAUGCUGCAGUUUUUCCUUGACAGUUUAUAAUUGUAACAAUGUCAUUUUUUGUUGUUACAUUUCAUGUUGUCUAAUCUAAACUCACCUUCACUAAAAGGGUUUGUGGUUGUACCACUUAGAAUAAAGACCAAAAGAUGCUGUUUGCUUUUGAAACUCAAUAUAUGAAAACUAUAUUAUAACUUACAUGGGUACUUCCUCCUUAUUAGAGGAAGACUAAGAUGUACAAAAAGGCUGUUACAGUGUACCACUUUCACAAGGACAUUUUAUUGGUCAGUUUUUCAAUAAAAUCCUCAAUUUUCAGUG